AUGGAUCGAGAUUUAGAACAGGCUCUGGAUCGCACAGAGAAUAUCAUUAAAAUUGCCCAACAGAGACCUCCUAGAAGGAGAUAUUCACCUAGGGCGGGAAGAACUCUGCAGGAAAAACUUUAUGACAUUUAUGUUGAAGAAUGUGGAAAAGAGCCUGCAGAUCCUCAGGAAUUGAGAAGCAAUGUAAACUUGUUAGAAAAGCUUGUUAGGAGAGAUUCCUUGCCAUGUUUACUGGUCAAUCUAUACCCAGGCAAUCAGGGGUAUUCUGUGAUGCUCCAGAGAGAAGAUGGGUCCUUUGCAGAGACCAUUCGGCUGCCUUACGAAGAAAGGGCAUUGCUCGACUACUUGGAUGCAGAAGAAUUACCCCCUGCUUUGGGUGAUGUCCUGGAUAAAGCUUCGGUUAACAUUUUUCAUAGUGGGUGUGUCAUAGUAGAAGUUCGUGACUACAGGCAGUCCAGUAAUCUGCAACCUCCUGGUUACCAAAGCAGGCAUAUUCUCCUACGUCCAACGAUGCAGACCUUAGCCCAUGAUGUGAAGAUGAUGACAAGAGAUGGCCAGAAAUGGAGCCAGGAAGACAAGCUUCAGCUUGAGAGCCAGCUGAUCUUAGCGACAGCUGAACCACUGUGUCUCGAUCCUUCUGUAGCAGUCGCCUGCACUGCAAACAGGCUGCUGUAUAACAAGCAAAAGAUGAAUACCGACCCGAUGAAACGGUGCCUCCAGAGGUAUUCGUGGCCCUCUGUAAAGCCACAGCAGGAGCAGUCUGACUGUCCACCUCCUCCUGAGCUGACAGUGUCGACUUCUGGCCAAAAAGAAGAAAGAAAAGCAGGUCAGCCUUGUGAGCUGAACAUUGCUAAAGCAGGAAGUUGUGUAGACACGUGGAAACGCAGACCCUGUGAUUUGGCCGUGCCUUCAGAAGUGGAUGUGGAGAAACUUGCUAAAGGGUAUCAGUCCGUCACAGCUGCUGACCCACAGCUCCCAGUCUGGCCAGCCCAGGAGGUAGAAGACCCUUUCAGAUUUGCAUGGGAAGCUGGCUGUCAGGCCUGGGACACCAAGCCAAGCAUCAUGCAGUCAUUUAAUGAUCCGCUUCUCUGUGGUAAAAUACGGCCACGUAAAAAAGCCAGGCAGAAGAGCCAGAAGUCUCCCCGGCAGCCCUUCCCAGAUGACCAUUCAGCUUGUCCCAGGCCUGGGUCAGAGACUGAUGCUGGGAGGGCAGUGAGUCAGGCCCAGGAAUCAGUGCAGAGCAAAGUCAAAGGUCCAGGCAAGAUGUCACACAGCUCCAGUGGCCCAGCCAGUGUCAGUCAGCUCUCUUCAUGGAAAACACCAGAACAGCCUGAUCCUGUGUGGGUCCAGUCUUCGGUAUUGGGGAAGGGAGAGAAACAUCCACCUCCCCGCACCCAACUUCCCUCAAGCUCGGGAAAGAUUUCCUCAGGGAACAGUUUUCCCCCACAACAGGCAGGCAGCCCUCUUAAGCGUCCAUUUCCUGCUGCUGCUGCUGUAGCUGCUGCUGCUGCUGCUGCUGCUGCUGCUGCUGCUGCUGCUUCUCCUGCUCCUGCUGUAGCUGCUGCUGCUGCUGCUCCUGCUCUAGCUGCUGCUGCUGCUGCUCCUGCUCUAGCUGCUGCUGCUGCUGCUCCUGCUCCUGCCGCUGCUCCUGCUGCUGCUGCUCCUGCCGCUGCUCCUGCUGCUGCUUCUGCGGCACCAAGUCAUUCUCAGAAGCCCUCUGUGCCUCUCAUUCAAGUUAGCAGGCCCUGUUCAGCUGCCCAGCCCCCCACCAAAUUCAUAAAAAUAGCGCCAGCCAUUCAGUUGAGGACAGGCUCCACUGGCCUAGAGGCCAUCAAUGUGGAGGGCCCAGUCCGGGGAGCCCAGGCUUUGGGGAGCAGAUUCAAGCCUGUGCAGACCCCUGGCUCGGGUGGCCCGGCUCCUGCAGGAAUCAGUGGCAGUGGCCUUCAGUCCUCAGGAGGUCCACUACCAGAAGCAACGCCCGGUGCAGUGCAGGCAUCUUCUCCAGCACCCCUUCAGUUUUUCCUAAAUACUCCCGAAGGUCUCAGGCCCAUGACUCUCCUCCAGGUUCAGCAGGGCUCCGUGGUUUUGAGCAGCCGGCAGCAGCAGUUCCAUCAGCUGGUUUCCCUGCAGCAGCUCCAGCAGCCCACAGCUGCUCACCCUCCUCAGCCAGGGCCACAGGGUUCCGCACAAGGUUUGAGCACUCAAGGGCUGGCCUUCCCUGCUCAGCAACUUCUUAACGUGAACCCCGCUAGAGCCAGAAGUGGUCUGCAGCCCCAGCCCCAGGCUGCUGUGUUGGGUCUGCUUGGCUCUGCCCAGGUUCCUCAGCAGGGUGUCCAGCUCCCCUCUGUCUUGAGGCAGCAGCAGCAGCCACAGCCGCCGAAGCUGCAACCGCAACCGCAGCGGCGGCCACAGCCACAGCCGCCGAAGCUGCAACCGCAACCGCAGCGGCAGCCACAGCCACAGCAGGAGCAGCCACAGUCGCAGCAGCAGCAGCCGCAGCAUAUCCAGCUCCAGACUCAGCAGUUGAGAGUCCUGCAGCAGCCAGUGUUUUUGGCAACAGGCGCUGCUCAGAUAGUGCAGCCACAUCCAGGUGUGCAAGCAGCGAGCCAGUCGGUAGGUCAGACGAAGGGAGGCAAGCCAACCCCUCCAGCGCCCUGA